AAAAACAAACAACAAAAAUUAUUAAAAAUAAUAAUAUGACGAGCUACCUUAUAAAAAAGCCGACGCUAACACUUCACGGGCUCCCCUCUCGGUCUCGGUCUUCUCCAGAACAAGAAAACAAGAAAACGACAAAAUAACAAUUAGCGCGAACUCCUCUCAACCUCAAUCUCCCAAGACGGUUGGUCACCGCGGGAGAAUCCGACCAAAACCCUCCAGAGAAAAUUAAAACAAAAUGCAGAAAAAACAGUCACCAGAACACUCUAUAUAUAGCCACAUACAAUGUUAGAACUAUGUCGACGUAUUCACGACUACUGGAAUUAACAGAAUGCUUGAAAAAUAUAAACUUUGACAUUAUCGGUCUUUCGGAAACAAGAAAACUAGGAAACACAAUCGAAGAACAUGAUGAGUUUAUCCUCUACUACAUCGGAGAUACGCCCGGAUUAUACGGAGUGGGUUUUAUUGUCAAAAAAUAUCUGAAAAGAUAUAUUACAAGCUUCAUAGGUCUUUCAGAAAGAGUAGCGCUGCUAAGGAUGAAUAUCGAUAGCUUAGAAUUAAGCAUAAUUCAAGUUUACGCUCCAACAGAGGCCUCGAGCGACGAAGAAUUGGAAUUUUUCUACAGUACUGUUGACAAAGCCAUACAACUCUCAGAAAACAAUAUCAUAGUCAUGGGUGACUUUAACGCCAAAAUAGGACAAACCAAUCCCAACGAAACAGUCACUGGUAACCACGGAUAUGGAGAUAGAAACUGUAGAGGAAACAGGCUCAUCGAUUUUGCACAUGAGAACAAUUUUGCAAUUAUGAACACCUUUUUCAAAAAAACAAAUAAACAAAGAUGGACUUGGAGAUCACCCAACGGGAAAAUAAAAAAUGAAAUAGACUACAUUUUAACAAACUUACACAGAAACAUAUAUGAUAUUCAGGUUUUAAAUAUCACUUACCCUUCAGAUCAUAGACCAGUGAGAGCAUCAUUAAACAUUGUCCCCAAAACAAAAAGUCGUAGGAAGUUCGGUCAAUGCCCCAGAUUCCAACUAAAGAACGAAGAAGAAGCGGAAACCUACAAGCAGACACUAAAUAGCAACUUAAUAAACCUACUAGAGGACCGGAGAGAUGAGGACACCGUUCAGAAUUAUUAUGAUGAUAUAACAAACGCAAUAAACAACAGCCUGAAAAAAGCUCACGAGGUUUCAUCCAACAGAAACUCAGUUAAAAAACAAGUACUAUCAGCACGCACAAAGGCGUUAAUUUGCAGAAGACAAUAAUUACAAAGGACAAAACCGAAAUCCAGAACCAUGAAAAAUGAACUAAAAGCACUCUACAAACUCAUAAGUAAACGUAUUAAUCUAGACUAUAAGGUGCACCGCACAAGAAUCAUUGAAAAACAUCUAAAUACUACAAAUAGUGUCAAGAAAGCAUACAAAGAAAUCAGAACACACAAAACAUGGAUUGAAGAAUUGAAAGACAAAGUAAAAAAUACCCAAAAUAGAACAGAAAUACUGAAAAUAGCCACAGAAUUUUACAAGGAGCUAUAUAGCGCACCGAAUCAAUGUACAUAUGAACUACCGGGCACAAAUCAAGUAGAGACGAGAGCAGUCAUAGACGAAUCCGAAGUGAUUAAAGGGAUUAAAUCACUAAAAAUAGAGAAAAGUCCAGGCCCCGACAGGAUCACCAACGAAACCAUAAAGCUCGGAUGCGCGUAUCUAGCAAAACCACUAACUCGACUAUUUAAUCAGAUACUGAACAGCUCGUAUACACCUCGUCAAUGGUCAGAGUCUGAUAUCAUCUUACUGUACAAAAAAGGAGACCCUAAUAAUAUAAGUAAUUACAGACCGAUAAGCUUACUACCUUCACUAUAUAAACUGUUCUCCUCAAUAAUAGAGAAAAAAAUAAAAGAAAGCACAGAGAAAUACCAACCCAUCGAACAGGCAGGCUUCAGAAGAGGCUUUUCAACACUGGACCACGUAUGUGGUCCAGUGUUCCACUCGCUAGAAAUGCUGAUAGAAAAGUACCAAGAGUUCAACAGACCACUCUACAUUGUCUUUAUCGAUUACCAAAAAGCAUUUGAUUCUCUGCUCCACUCAUCUAUAUGGGAAACUCUGCUCUCUCAACAAGUACCACUAGAUUACAUAAAAGUCCUAAAAAAUAUUUACGACAACAGCACUAGCAGAGUGAAGCUGGAAACUACAGGGCCACCCAUACAAAUAAGAAAAGGCGUACGACAGGGAGACCCACUCUCGCCGACCAUCUUCAUAGCGGUGCUAGAGUCCAUCAUUGGCAAGUUAAACUGGGAAAGAGUUGGCAUAAAUAUAAAUGGAUGUUACUUGAGCCAUUUGAGAUUUGCCGACGACAUAGCCCUGCUAUCAGAAAGUAUUAACCAACUGCAAAUAAUGAUAAACACUCUACAUGAAGAAAGUCGUAAAGUAGGCUUGGAGAUCAAUCUAACAAAAACCAAUAUCAUGACGAACCAUAUCGAAAGACCGAUAUAUCUUGAAAAUUCUUCUUUAGCAUAUGUCGGUGCUUACAUUUAUCUGGGUAAGCAAGUUUCAUUCAACCAACAAAAUAAUGAAUUGGAAGUGGAGAGAAGGAUCAACAACACAUGGAAAAAGUUCUGGAGUCUCAAAGAAAUACUCAAAAGCGAUAUGACCAUACGGAUGAAAACGAAAGUCAUGAACACCUGCCUACUACCCUCAUUAACAUACGCCUGUCAAACAUGGAAAUUUACCAGAAAAGUAAAAAAUAAAAUUAUAUCCUGUCAAAGGAGCAUGGAAAGAAGCAUCUUGAAAAUUAAGAAAAUCCAAAGGAUCCGCCAUACGACUAUAAGACAGAAAACAAAAGCCAUCGACGCUCUCAGCUAUUCACAAAAGCUGAAAUGGCGUUGGGCUGGACAUGUAGCGAGGCUCAGCGACAACCGCUGGACCGCAAAGACAACAUCAUGGCGCGGUCCACUAGGACAGAGGAAAAGAGGUAGACCAAUUACACGAUGGGUAGAUGACAUCAUAAAAGUAGCAGGUGUACAAUGGCCGCGAGCGGCAGAGAAUAGAGAGUACUGGUCAUCUCUGGAGGAGGCCUUCACCUUUCAUUGAGAGGGUUCUUGCUAACAUAAAUAAACCCUGACUAAUUUAACCAAUUAAAUUAAUAUUUAGUACUUUUAAAUGUAAAAAUUAUUCCAAAUGUUAUGUAUAUUAUUUCUUAAAAUAAGAACACAAUUCAAUACUUCUUAUCACUCAUAACAUGUACAUAAUCAAAAAAUAAUAAUCAAGAUUCAAUUAAAAAUUAUUUUGUUAAUUAUUUUGAAUAUUGGAUAAUAAAUUUAAAAAUGUGAAUUAUUUUGCAUGCAUAUUAAUAAUGAAAAUUUUUUUUGGUAUGAAAAGCAAGAAAUAAAAGGCUUUUUUAUUUUUA